AUGACCAUGGAUCAAUUUGAAAAACUGCGACCGGUUGGUCGACUGGAGCAGUACUCCACCUCCCGUCAUCAGGCUGGCUUUUAUCUGAAUGUCGCAGUCACAGCUACUUAUGUCCUGCCAGACAGUUUCAAAUUGUCGGUGAAGGACUAUGUCUACCGCGCCUGUGAGACAGUAAUUGCAGAGCAUCCGGUACUGUCCGCCAUCCCAGUAGCCGAUGAUACGCAACAGCCGUAUUUUGUACGACUACCGCAGAUUGACUUGGAUCAAGCGGUCUCUUUCGAAUCACGCAAGAACGGCUCUUUGUUGAUAGCCUCUGCCGAUAAAGAUCCAAUUCCGGAUCUCGAUCUGCAGGCUCUGCUAGAAAAACAGCACAACACGCCAUUCACAGCGCCAAAUGCCUACUGGAGACUUUGCGUCCUCACUGACCCCGAUAGUCAACGAAAAUUUACUGCCGCUUUUGUAUACCAUCAUGCCCUCGGCGAUGGUACUUCAGGCAAAGCCUUCCACCAAACAUUCCUGCGAGCACUGGACUCAACCGAGAGUGAGAACCGCGAAACCAAGUCCAUCAUCCAGUCACCUUCUACACCCUUACUACCCAACAUCGAGCAAAUCCACCCAAUGCCACUCUCAUUCAUAUUCCUCGCCAAGAAACUCAUCCAAGCAAAAGUCUACUCCUACAGAGACCCGGGCCUCUGGACCGGAGGCAAGAUCCAAAAAGAAGGGAAAACCAACCUCCGUCUGGUCCCAUUCUCCAAAAAGCUAGUCACGUCUCUCCGGAGAGUAUGCCGUCUUGAAGAAACGAGUAUCACAGCUCUCCUCCAAACUGCCUUUGCGCGUGCCAUCUUCGCCCAUCUCCCGGCCCACUACACUAGUCUCAAUUGCACGGGUGCUAUCUCCUGUCGCCGCUGGUUACCCGAUAUCAUCACCGAUGAAGUCAUGGGCGUGUUCGUCGGAGACAUCGAAGAAUCAUAUACCCGCGACGCCACAACAUCCAUCGACCCACGGAUUUUCACUUGGUCUGAAACCCGACGCUCAAAGAAAACGAUCGAAGCUGCCGUCCAACGCAAGGGUCGCGACGCAGGUCCCAACCUGCUCAAGUACGUUAAUGACUUCCAGCAGGAGCUGUGUCUGUCAAAGGUCGGUUCUGAGCGCGAUAAGAGCUUUGAGAUCUCGAAUGUCGGCGUUUUCUCCGGUGAAGUCGUGCCUAGGAAACCGCGGAUCGAGGGGAUGGUGUUUUCGCAGUCUGCGAGUGUUAUUGGUAAUGCGAUUGGGGUUUCUGUUAUUACCGGGGGUGAUGGAUGUAUGGUGCUGGCGGUUACAUGGCAGGAUGGUGUUGUUGAGGAGAGUUUGAUUGAGGGAGUUGUGAAAUAUUUGACGAGGGACUUGAAGGACUUGAUCGGGUUGGAGUGA